CCUCCCUGGCCCACGAGAGAACGGUUUCCACUUACUCUCUCACCCUCCCCUUCUUCCUCACAUAUACCUUUGUGAUGGGAGGUCCAUCAGUUUGCUACCGCAAUUUUCCCAUUUCUUCUUUCAUUUGUUUACGAGUUAGGAGCAAUUAUACUUUGUGCUUCACCAGCAUUGCAGGGGAUAUGUUUUAUGUUUUUUCUAUUAUCUAUCUGGUCUGCAUUACAAGUUACUAGCGUACAUUCUAAAUCACAUUUUCAAUUGUUUGUAUGAGUAAAAUGAAAAGUCGCAUGAAUUCCUUUGCAUUUGUUAUGUUCUAUGCUAGUUGUUGGCUGAGUAUGUUCCCAUAUAUUUUUAUUUUUUUAGUUUCGCAGAUGAACGUGGGAGGUUAUUCAUCUGUUCUGGCUGAUUUUAGUUAUCAACUGUGACGGAAAGUACCAUAAAAAUCUUUUGGAUUACCGUAUUUGAAUGUUGACCCGUGGAAGUUCACUCAUGCCUUCACUUGUCAAGACUUCGCUCUUCUUCUCAUUAUUCACUAAAAUUCCAUGUAUAUUUUCCGGCCAGAAUACUCUUCGAGCUAGCCUCCAAGUCUAUACCUGUCAUUCUACUAUAUAUUCUAAAAGUAUACUGAAAUAUAGUUGCAACAGUUACUUAUCUAUCCACAAAGUUGGAUAUUUAUGUACUGUUGCUUUAUCUGCUACAUCAUCUGUUCAUGAAUCCUCGGCGUCUUCUACCAACAAAGUCUCCAACAGAUUAAGGAAGAAAGCCCUCAGGGAAUCGCCGGAUAGAGUGCUUAAACAUAAAUUAGAUAUGUGCUCGAGGAAUGGAAAUGUUAUUGAAGCACUUAAGCUUUAUGACGAGGCACGGAGUAAUGGCAUCCAGCUUAAUGAACAUCACUAUAAUGUAUUGCUAUAUUUGUGCUCUUCCUCUAGUUCGCUUGAAACAAGUGGAGAUAUUGACAUAUUAAGUGUGGGCCUCACCAGGGGUUUUGAGAUUUUUCAGCAAAUGAUGAUUGAUAAAGUAUCUCCGAAUGAGGCUACAUUUACAAGUGCUGCAAGAAUUGCGGCUGCAAAGGAUGAUCCAGAAAUGGCUUUUGCUUUGGUGAAGCAUAUGAAGGAUUAUGGUAUUGCGCCAAGAUUGAGGUCAUAUGCACCAGCACUGUUUGGCUUCUGUAGGAAGCUAAUGUCAAAAGAAGCUUAUGAAGUUGAUUCCCACAUGGUUGCAUCUCAGGUGCAGGCUGAAGAACCUGAGCUUUCUGCUCUUCUAAAACUCAGUUCUGAUGUGAAGAAGACCGAUAAGGUCUAUGAAUUUCUGCAUCGCUUGAGAAAAACAGUGAGGCAGGUCUCGGAACCUACUGUCAAAAUUGUUGAAGAUUGGUUUAAGUCAGAAAGUGCAGCAGAAGUUGGGAAGAAACGUUGGGAUGCGAGCAAGGUUAGGGAAGCAAUAACUAGACGAGGUGGAGGGUGGCAUGGACAAGGUUGGCUGGGUAGUGGUAAUUGGAGGUUGGUGAGAACUCAGAUGGAUGAUAAUGGCGUUUGUCAUUCAUGUGCCCGAAAACUUGUUUGCAUUGAUAUUGAUCCAAAAGAAACUGAAAGUUUUGCUGCUUCAUUAACCAAGUUGGCUUGCCAAAGAGAAGCUAAAGCUGGAUUUAAUCAGUUCCAGGAGUGGCUUGAAAAGCAUGGUCCUUUUGAUGCUGUUAUUGAUGGUGCCAAUGUGGGUCUUGGUAAUCAACAUCAGUUCAGCUUUAUCCAGCUCAAAAGAGUUGUAUAUCAAAUGCGUCAGAUAAGUCCUUCAAAAAGAAUGCCACUCAUAAUUUUGCAUAGAAGUCGUGUAACUGGAGGUCCUGCACAAAAUCCUAAUAAUAAGAAAUUGAUAGAGACAUGGAAAGAAUGUGGUGCGCUCUAUGCUACCCCUCUUGGGUCCAAUGAUGACUG